UCGCUACAGGCUUUCAGGUAUUAAUCACGGCUGUACAACAACUAAUACAAAACAGUCCUCCUGAAAAGAUGACUGCUGAACAGCUAAUAUGGUUGUACUCUAUUAUGAUAUUUUCAACAGUGGUGAAGCUUAUGCUCUGGCUUUACUGUAGAAGCUCAGGAAACAAGAUUGUCCGUGCCUAUGCAGAUGAUCACCACUUUGAUGUUGUAACAAAUGUGGUUGGAUUAGUUGCAGCUGUUCUUGGUGAUAAAUAUUAUUGGUGGAUUGAUCCCAUUGGAGCUAUUUUGCUUGCAAUUUACACUAUUUCAAAUUGGUCCCGCACCGUCAUGGAAAAUGCAG